CUCACCCCUCGAUCGCCUCAACCCUCGCGUCCACAAUCGCCACAAAUUCUGCCACAUUUCCAAGAAACGCGCUCUCGGAACCUAGCGACGCGUCUCGGAACGCAUUUCGGACCUACAAGGCUUGCGACAACUUUUACGACGUUAUAUUCGUGCGCGCCCAAAAGCAUAAACCACCUGGGAUACACCUUGAGAGGGUUGUGCAACAACACACCUGAGCCCAAUCGACACUAUUGGGCCCACGCGACGCGACUCUGGCUACGCGAUAGUUCCGCAAGUCGCAACGCGAUUGCUAGAGCGCGUGAGGACUUCACAUGAGCUCAUAACUUCACCAAAAUGGUACUCUUCAAACGCAAGCCAGUGAAGUUCGACCCUCCGCCAAAGAACAUUACCGACCACGAUGAGGUCUGGGUCAUCGAGAAGACAGGGGAGGUGUACAAUGACUAUGAAAAGUAUUUGAGGCGGUUGGACUUCUACGACCAGAAACUCUUCACCUGCGAGUCCACCGGGCACUCGGGCUACACCUUUUUCGAAGCCAUGGAGAGCCAGGUGAGCUCCGAGCCGGUCUGGGAGGGCAUCAAGGUAACGGAAACGCAGACGGAGGCGUCAAGGGAGAUUGACAGCAUCUUCCCUGAUGCUUUGAGGUCUCGUGUCCUCCACUUCGUCCAGUUCAGGACGACUUCGCGGAUGGAUGACCUGGUGAAUUUGGUGUUUGAUGAGUUUAAGGAACAGUACAUGGUUGGCGAUAGAGUCUGCAUUGAGGUGGAAGGCCCAAUCGGCCGCCGCUACGGUGUGAUCACAGACAUCACCGACAACAGUCAGCUACAUCAGAACGCCUUCACAAGGUCACCAGAUGAUCAGUACAGAGCGUACACCUACGUCAUCACCAUGGACGAUAACAAUGAGCCUAUCACCAAGUACAAAGCUGCAGACCUGCAAAGGGACAGGAAGUACUACUCAAAGUUAAUCCUGAAGCAAUUUCUGCGCAGCACAGUAUCGAGAGAAUCCUGGAUCGGUGCACCCUGGAUGGCAAAGGAUCAUUUGGCGAAACGCUACAAGAUCCCCACCAAGAUUCCAGAGAACAAAACCCGCGAAAUGGUGAUGGCGCAGAGGAAGCUCACAAACGGUUCGCGUCAGAAUGGCGCAAGUCCGAUCCAGCAGACACAUCCACAUCAACUACCGAACGGGCACGCACCCCAGACAAACGGACAUCGACCUCAACAACCGGCACAGCACGGGCAAGGCCCGCAGUCGUUUAUCAAUUUUGCCAAUCCUCCUCAUGCCCAGAAUCCACCUCAUCUCAUGCAUCCGCACAUCCCUGGCUUCCCUCAGCAUGCGCAAGGAGGCCCACCACCUCAAUUCGCGCAUCAAGGCCCGCCUCAUCACCUGCCGCACGGCAUACCUCUCAACAUUCCUCAAAACGCUCUACCGCCGAACCUUGCGCACAUCAUGCACCACCCACCUGGUGCGCUGCCAGUCAAUCUUCCUUUCCAAAAUGGGUUUAUGCAGUACCAGCAAUUUGCUCCCCGGAACUCUCAGCACCAACAACAUCAGCAGCAACAGCAGCCCAUUCCUAUAGCCAAAUCCUUCGAGCCGAUCAAGUACCCUAUCGAAGAUUUGGAUAUCUCACAGCCGCGUCUGAGUACUGUGCGACCCACACUGAAGUUCUUCUCAGACGAUGUACCAGCUGGUGUCGAGGCGCCUGGUGAAGAGGAUAAGACCGGAAUCCUCAUGAAGAGCAUCGGCCCACUCUUGUGCGCUUGGGAGACUCUGAAUGUGCAUGACACAAUCUACAUGCUCGACUCAUUCACUUUCGACGAUUUCGCAGAAGCUAUGCGAUUUUCCUCGGACGAGCAGGACUGCGAGCUGUUUGUGGAGGUGCACUGCUCUGUACUCAAGCAGAUCAUCAACGAGAAUGGCAAGCUUCAGGCACCCCUGCCGAACAUGGCUGAAGCAGAAGAGUCUGACGAGGAAGUUUCGAGCAGGGAGUCGACUCCGGACCCCGAGCCAGAGCCACCGAAGCGAACUACACGCAGCAGUCUGAGGAAGUCCGAAGUACAGCAGAUCAUCGAGAAGGCUCGAACUCCAACACCCGAGCCACCGAAAGACAUUCACAAGGCUGCAGAGUUCGUUACAGACUUUGAUUGGAUUGAGCAGCUGAAGAUCCGAAACUUCCAGAACGGGGGCUGGCAGGCGAUCAUGGUUUCAUUGCUGUACCGUCUGUCCUUCGACCCGAUCCAAAAGGAGAUAUGCGAUGAGAUUCUUGCUGCACUCGUGCCAGGCGAUCAAGAUCCUAGCCUUGAGAGCAUCGCGGAGAACUACCGCAGCAUGGACGUCAAUCUGCGCAUUUCAGCGCUGGAUCAGGCUCUGCGCCUGACAGUCACCACUGAUGCGUUCCGUGAUCAGCUGAAUGCUGCUUCCCUUGAGAUGACUCGACUUCGCAAAGAGAAGAUCGAGUUCCAGAGGAAACGCAAGGACCUAGCUGAUGAGCUAUUCAAGCUGGAUCUUGAGCGCAAGAUCAAGCUGCCGGACAAUACACCCGCCUCUCCCUCUGAUGCCAAGGAGAACGAGGACGUAUCAAUGCUUAGUGUGCCAGACUCUGUCACCGAAACUGCUGAUGGGGAGAAUGAGGACGAAGACGCAUCCGCUGCAAAGAGCAGGACCCGCACGAAGAACAAGCGCAAGGCCGCAGCUGAGGAGGCUCGCAAAGAGAAGGCCAAGAAGGCCAAGAUCGAAGCCGAGAAGAACAAGAAACAGAAAGAGUGGGAAAAGCUCCUCAAAGCAGUUCAUGACAAGAAGGACGAAAUCAAGGAGUGUGAGGCCAACAUCAAUGAGCUGGACGACGAUCUUCGCGAGACCCUAGUUCACCGCAGCAAGGUACUAGGCAAGGAUCGAUUCCUGAACAAGUACUACUGGUUUGAGCACAACGGAAUGCCAUUUGGUGGUGUGCCCAACAGCUCGACCGCACAAUAUGGGUACGCCAACGGACGUAUCUGGGUACAAGGACCAGACGCCGAGGAGCUCCAGCCGUGUCUGGAAGAGCCCGCACUUUCGCAAGACAUGCAGCGAUUCAAGUUCACCAUCCCACAGCGAAAAGAGAAGGAAGAAGGCUCGACACAUCUCUCUACGUCUUCGGAAUGGGCCUACUACGAUGACCCAGAAGAUAUCGACAGACUCAUUUUAUGGUUGGACGAGCGUGGUCACCGUGAGAAGCAACUCCGUAAGGAGCUGCAAAUCUUCCGUGACCGCAUUGCAGAGUACAUGGAGAAGAUGAAGAAGCACAUCACCAAGGCUGAGAAGACGGAAGAAGAUGUAGAGGACGAGGACAGCAAGCCUCGCAUUUCAACACGUGGUAAGGCCAACGCAGAAAAGGAGGACACCAGGGAACGCUGCCUACUCUGGACGAACAGCAUCAUGUUCGACGAGUACGGCUACAUCCACUCCACCGAGUACGAGCCGCCCAAGAAAGGCAAGGCAAGGGUCGUCAAGGCUGCCAAGGGUAAGGGCAGGCGGUAGUGCCGGCGAAGGGUUGGGUUGACUGUAAGACGAUUUACGAGAAGUGUAGCGGUGUUUACGGCGUUGUGGUACCAUCAGCAUGUACAGUGGGCAUUUUCUGGAGUUUGCACAGGGCGGAUACUGUCACAGCAUGGCUCUGCUACAUAGAGGGACUGGUGUUCAGGGGCAUCGAGCAGUGCAUCGCCUGCUCAUUAAGACUUCCCAGGCGAGGUGUACGGGCAUUGGGACCUUGUUGAGGGGUGCUACAGGCAACAUCACUUCAAGCGGUCCAAAGCUCUGGAUCUAAAAAUGA